UUAAACCCUGACAUGAGGCAGCCCCCAGGCAGCUCUGGCCACAGCCGGCUCUGGGUGGGAUUGAACCCCACGGGGCUCAUCCCCGGCCGGGGCUGACCGGCACACGGGGCAGGCCAGGGGAUAUUUUUGGAAGUUUCUCUGACGUAAGUCAGCGGUGCAGGCGACCUCGGGAGCCCGUGCGGGAGAAAUCCCAGCGGCGGCAGAGCGGAGCUGAUUAUUUAUGGCAGCGCCCCGGUGAGCAGCGACAGCCACGGGACAGCGCAGAGCCCAUGGAAUAGAGCAGCAGAGCGACUCCGAGCAGCACCGGGGCCAUCCCUUGGCAGAGGCAGAGCCGGACAUGCCCGAGCCAGCCCCGCUCGGCGGGGACAGGAGAGCGGCGGAGAAGAAGCAGCGGGUGGAGAAGGUGGGAGCCAAGGGCAGCGCUGCCGGGCCACCAGUCCCCAGGAGCCUCCCCGUGCCCAGCAAGGCGGAGCCGCCCAGCCUGGACCCCGCGGAGGAGCCGCUGCUCUGGGAAGGGCUCACCCUCAACAAGUGCAUCCUGGUGGCCUCUGUGGUGGCCCUGCUGAGCGUCACCUUCCAGGUGCUGCAAGCUCCAUGCUCCAAGGAGGGACUCGCCCGUGGCCACCAGGAGCCUCCACCUCCUCCCGUUCCCGAGGUUGUGAGCCCCAAGGUGGAGGUGCCAGAGGCGGUGACUGCCCAGCCUGCGCCGCCACCCGAGAGCAGCGCGGUGGAGGAGGAUGAUGAUGAUGAUGAUGGUGACGAAGAUGAUGACAGCGAAGCUGACAGCAACCUGGGAGAACCCUGGAUCUUCAAAAAAUGGUUUGGCCGUGCAACACCAGAGGAUGAGGAUAAGGACGGGGACAAGGAUGAAGACAAGGAUGAGGAUGAGGACAAGGAUGAGGAUGAGGACAAGGAUGAAGAACCUGCAGAUGUCCCCGAGGUGCCAAUGGCUGUGAUGGAGGGGAAGAAGAGCCAGGAGAAGCAGGAGAAAAAGGUGGAGGAGGAAGAGGAAGAAAAGGAGGAGAAGGAGGAAGAAAAAGAAGAGAGUGAGGAGGAGGAAGAUGAGGAGGAAGAGGAGAAGGAGGACAAGAAGAAGGAGGAGAAGAAGGAAAAAGCCCGGGAAGGCCGAGCUGUCCAUGCGGAGCGGAGCAGCCGGAGGGAGCCACGGGCCAAGGACAGGGACAGACCCGGCCGGGCCCCCCGGGCCCCCAGGGAACCCGAGCAGCAGCCGCAGAGGAAACGGGACCGGGAGAGGAGGGAGAGGAAGGAGAAGCGGCGGGAGCGGGAUGAGCCCAGGAGGGAGGGGUGGAGGGGCCGGCCCGGCAGGGCUGAGGGCGGCCGGGAGAGCCCCAGGCGGGACUGGAAGCAGCAGAAGGGCAGGAGGCCCUGGGAGCCGGGCAGGGACGGCAGGGCCAGGGAGGGCAAAAGGCGCGACUGAGGCCGGGCUGGGCACGGGGCUGGAUGGAGCUGGGUCCAGGGGGAUCCAAUCCCACCCUGCCUGCCCUGCAGAGACACCCCGGGCACGGGCGGCACCAGGACCCCGAGCAGCAGCAGAGCAGCCCAGGAGCCUGGCAUGAGCUCCCCGGGGGCUUUGGGAACCCCUGGAUCAAAGGUGACCUGAAAGGACUCAUGGAAGGAGCUUCUUUGGGCCUCCUGCCUUCUCCAUCCCCACCCAAACCCCUCUGCAGUUCCCCUCCACUCGUGGUUCUGGGGAUCCCCAUGAACAGAGUCGUGUCCAGACUGUGCAGCUCUUGGGUUAAUGGUUUUAUUGAGAGCAAAUCAAGAGAGAAGAACAUUCUGGGUUACAGAACCAGGCUGCAGCCGUCCUCAAAGGGACAUCAGGGACAGACCCAGACCUCAGCCAGCCCAGUGCCAUCACUGGGGUGGCCCAGGAGGUGCUGGUGACAGAGCAGGACUGGAAGCCCUUCACCCAGGGGAUCCCUGCAGGCCUUGCCUUCUCCGAGUCGCUUUAGGAAGGAAACACAAGAGCAAUAUCACACCGCCAGAGAUGUUUGCAGCCCCACCCAUGGCAGGUUUCAGUAUUUGCUAAAUCAACAGUGGUUAAAAUAAACUAUUUUCAUUUUUAAUAAGGUA